AUGUCAGGAAAAGUUCUUCUCGCUCUAUUUCUGCUCUUCGAACGAACGUUUGUGAAUUUUGCUUACGUUCCUAGAGAUAUUGCGGGAUUUCUAGAUCCUAUUGCUCCGCCCGCUCCCCCGCAAGUUGAAAUGUUCUGCCCCGGACUCUGCAAUCCCAUAUGUUCCCCAGCAUGCACUCAGAGCUGUUGUUACAACGCGCCUCGCUCUUUGCCUCACUUUGACGACCUACCUGCGAAUGGUCCGGAGUAUGGGUUGCAGACCUAUGGACGAAGAUCAAAACUUUCUCAUCCCUCUCACGAACCGACGGAAACGACGUACGGUUGCGAGAGUAAACAGCUUACAAUAAAGUGUAAAAAAAGAUCUCAUAAACUUGUGAUAACCGACUCAUUUUACGGACGCGAUGAUACGAAAAUAUGUCAUCACCCAGUUCUACCUUACGAAGCUUAUUGCCGAGGUGAAGAAGACAACGUGUUGAAGAAAGUACAGAAUUUGUGCGACGGUGAAAACGAAUGCAGCAUUGCCGUUAAAGACGGCUUGUUAUUACAAAAGGGGGUCCAGUUAUGCCCGAACGUGUAUAAAUAUCUUAAGGUGGACUACAUGUGCACGCCGCACGCAGAUAUUUACCUUAAUAACACUUAA